CACGGCGCUGCACGGAACGGGGCGCCGGGCCCGGUGUCUGCAGCCCGGCGCGUCCGAGCGCGCGGUGCCGGGGGUUGCUUGGAGCUGCGCGGGCCUCUGGGCGAGGACUGGCAGGAGCAUGGCCAGCGUGCUUUCCCGACGCCUGGGCAAACGCUCCCUUUUGGGAGCCCGGGUGCUGGGUCCUGCUGCCUCUCUGGACCCUCAGGCUGAGCCCUCGGAGGGCCUCCCUGCAACUGUCAAGGACUCAUCUUGCCAUGAACCACCCAGGGAAGUCUCCAGGAGUGUGGGACCUGUCCCCCUGCUCCCCACGGGCAUCCAGCAGGUAUGGCCCGAGGGCCCAAGGCCAGUGGAGCAGGUGGCCACAAGGGAGCGGAGAUGUGGGGCCGAGGAGAUGUGGUCAGCAGAGACACGGGCUCCCCAGGAUCUGGGCUCCCAGACCCCUGUCUACAGACCUGUGUCCAGGAACAUUGAUGUCCCAAAGAGGAAGUCAGAUGCAGUGGACAUGGAUGAGAUGAUGGCAGCCAUGGUGCUUACCUCGCUGUCCUGCAGCCCCGUGGUGCAGAGUCCGCCGGCGCCCGAGGCCAGCUUCUCAGUGCCCCGCACAACCUGUGACCCCUGGAAGGAGAGCGGGGACUUGUCGGAUGGUGGCAGCAGUACUACAAGUGGACACUGGAGCGGGAGUAGUGGCGUCUCGACCCCGUCACCCCCACACCCACAGGCCAGUCCCAAGUACCUGGGCGAUGCCUUUGGCUCCCCCCAGACUGAUGCCGGCUUUGAGACAGACCCCGACGCCUUCCUGUUAGACGAGCCAGCACCCCGCAAAAGAAAGAACUCUGUCCGGGUCCUGUACAAGUGCUUGUGGCCUGGCUGUGGGAAGGUUCUGCGUUCCAUCGUGGGCAUCAAGAGACAUGUGAAGGCACUCCAUCUGGGGGACACCGUGGACUCGGAUCAGUUCAAGAGGGAAGAAGAUUUUUACUACACGGAAGUGCAGGCGAGGGAAGGGCCUGAGCCCGCACCUGCUCCUGGGGUGGCCAGUCCACCCUUCGCUCUUCUCCCCCCACCGCCGCCCCCCAUGCAGCUCUCGGCACCCGAGCACCGGAGCCUGGAGUCCUGCCUUCCCCGAGCCUCUCUCAGCAAGUCGGCCCCCGGCUCCUUCUGGCACAUUCAGGCCGACCAUGCCUACCAGGCUGUGCCGUCUUUCCAGAUCCCUGUGUCGCCCCACAUCUACACCAGCAUCAGCUGGGCCGCCCCGCCCACGGCUUCCUCCCUCUCUCCGGUCCGGAGCCGGUCGCUUAGCUUCAGCGAGCCCCAGCCCCCGCCUUCCACCAUGAAAUCUCACCUGAUUGUCACUUCUCCACCCCGAGCCCAGAGCAGCACUAGGAAAGGCCGUGGUGAGGCCAAGAAGUGCCGCAAGGUGUACGGCGUGGAGCAGCGGGCACAGUGGUGCACGGCCUGCCGCUGGAAGAAGGCAUGCCAGCGUUUCCUGGACUAGCUGCACUGCACACACCCCGAAGGCUACGGCCGGACCUGGGGCCUCGGGGCUCUCGUAGCUGAUGUCUGACUCCCGGAUACAGCCCCUGCCACACAUGAACUUUGUAUUUUUGUUUUUUUAAAGAAAGGAAUUAUUUUUUCCCUAAAAUCAGGAGCGAGCCCCAACUUACAACUUACUGGGGUGUUCUGUCGCAACUCAGAGACCAAAGAAUGACCAUCCCU